UAGCUGGCCGAGACGCGCAGCAGAACGAGUUGUUGGUGCGGCGGCAUUUGCUGCAGCAAGACCUCUACGUGCAUGCAGAUAUACACGGUGCUGCAACAUGCAUUAUAAAGACAGGUGCAGGUGCAGGAGCAGCAGGGUCAGCAUCAGCAGCAGCAGCAGGCGCAGCAGCAGCAGGAGGAGGAGGAGGAGCAGCAGCAGCAGCAGCAGAUGAGGCGCCUGUUCCUGCUGCUACGCUGCAGCAAGCAGCAGAGUUUGCUGUUUGCCGCAGCAGUGCCUGGGCAUCGAAGUCUCCUGUUGCUGCGUGGUGGGUGUGGGGUCGGCAGGUCUCUAAAGCGCCUCCUUCAGGCCUCUACCUCAGACAUAAAGCUCAGUGGAGGAACAAUACGCAGCAGCAGCAGCAGCAGCAGCAGCAGCAGCAGCAGCAGCAGCAGGAUGAGCAACAGCAGCAGCAGCAAGAGGGACGGGCGUUGGAAGAAGCAAAAGAAAUACCGGCAGCAAAUUUUGCUGAAGAAGCUGGGAGGGAUUCUGCUGCAGCGGCUGCUGCUGCUGAGGAGGCUACAGGUACUUCUGCUGCAGCAGCGGAUGCAGCAAAGCCCAGCACAAAGCCAAGGAAGUCAAUUGGCUUUGCUGCUGUCAGCAGCAGCAGCAGCAGCAGCAACACCGGACGCCGCAGCAGCGCACGCAAGCCCACGGGAUAUGCUACUGCACAAGACAUACUUAGACAUGCUGGGAGGGCAGCUCUAGAGGACUUGCAGGAGAUGCGGAUUGAAGCGGAGAGACAAAUGGCACGGGAGCAGCAGCUGCUGCUGGAGGCGCAGCAGCAGGAGGAGCAGCAGGAGCGGCAAAGACAACAGCAGCAGCAGCAGCAACAGCAACAGCAGCAGCAGCAGCAGCAGCAGGAGACGCCGGUUGAGCAUCGUCGUGUGAAGAAGACAGUCGUUUGCUUCCCUGAUGCAGCUCCAUCUGAGGACCCAGAAGCAGCAGCCACAGCAGCAGCAGCAGCAGCAGCAGCAGCACGCCGCAGCAGAUACAGAAAACCCACGGGGCACAUCUCCCUUAGAGACGUUGAAGCGCGAAAGGGCAGUGAGGCGGCGGAGAUGCUGCGGGAACUGCAGCGGGAGGCCCAGGAGCAGCAGCAGCAGCAGCGGGAGGCCUACGAGCAGCAGCAGCAACAGCAGCAGCAGCAGCAUGAAGAAGAGUCUGUACGCCGCAGCUCGUUUAGGUCAAAGCAAGUGGAGGAGGUGCGUCAUAACAACUCCUCUAACGGCGCUGCAGCAACAGCAACAGCAGCAGCAGCAGCAGCACAGCAGCAGCAGCAGCAGCAGCACAGCAGCAGCAGCAGCAGCAGCAGCAUAUUGUUUGUGUUUGCUGUUUUUUUUCAGUCUUGGCACGUCACCUUCUCUCCCGAACCUCCGCGAGUCGUCUCCGAUGUCCUUGACUGCCUGCACGUCGAUUUUGAUGGUUUGCCGCCUGAGGAGAUUCCGGAUCUAGAGGAGACGCGCCUCGCUCUCUUUGGUCCUCUAGAAGAAGAGGAGCAGCAGCAGCAGCAGCAGCAGCAGGAAGCAGCAGCAGCAGCAGCAGCAGGAGAGGGCUCGGAAUGGGGUAUCCGACGCCGACCGACGGGUUGGGUUUACAGAGACAGAGAUAAUAUGCCUUCGCAUUUGCUGCUGUCUCCUUCUGAUGCUGCAGCAGCAGCAGAGAGCAGCAGCAUCCAGCAGCAGCAAACAGACGCUGCUGCUACCAUACGCAAACCAACGGUCCUUCUAGAGGCGGAGAUGCACAGCUUACAUGGUUUGUUCUCUCCUGCUGAUGCUGCUCUUGCUGCUCUUGCUGCUGCUGCUGCUGCUGCUCUUGCUGCUCCUGUUGCUCUUGCUGCUGCUGCCGCCCUUGCUGCUGCUGCUACUGCUGCUGCCCUGGCUGCUGGUGCUGCUGCUGCUGCUCUUGCUGCUGCUGCUGCUGCUCUUGCUGCUGCUGCUGCUGCUGCUCUUGCUGCUGCUCUUGCUCUUGCUGCUGCUCUUGCUCUUGCUGCUGCUCUUGCUCUUGCUGCUGCUCUUGCUCUUGCUGCUGCUGCUGCAAGAAGGGUUUGGUUGUCUGUUUUAUGUAUUCAGAACCGCCUUCGAUUCAGCUUACAGCUGCUGAGGAUACCGUGCAGGAGGACUCCCAGCAGCAAGAGCAAGAGCAGCAGCAAGAGCAAGAGCAGCAGCAAGAGCAAGAGCAGCAGCAAGAGCAGCAGCAGCAGCAGCAGCAAGAGCAGCAGCAGCAGCAGCAAGAGCAGCAGCAGCAGCACCAGCAGCCAGGGCAGCAGCAGUAGCAGCAGCAGCAAGGGCGGCAGCAGCAGCAAGAGCAACAGGAGCAGCAAGAGCAGCAGCAGCAGCAGCAGCAAGAGCAGCAAGAGCAGCAUCAGCAGGAGAGAACAAACCAUGGUUUACGGAGGAGACGCUUCCUACUCCGCGGGAGCUGCUUUCACACGCUUCAUCAGAGUUGGGGACAGAGGGUCAGGGGUGUCGCAUAUAAGUGUGGGGCUGGAGAAACAGCUGAACAGACACCGCAGCGCAGACCACGGCCCUCCUCCAAAGGGUUUCUUUGUUUGCGAAGCACCUUCAGCAAAACAGUUGUUGUCGCUGCACCUCGAUCUCGUAGACGAUGAAGAAGACGUGGGGACGACAUCAGCAGACACCCGGAGGGGCCCAGAGGCUACAGCAGCAGCAGCAGCCGCAGCAGCAGCAGCAGCGACAGCUUCUGAGGUUGCAGCAGACGAAGAGACAGACACAGAAACAGACGAAGAGGAAUAUGACGAAAAAGAGACAGGGAAGCAGCAGCAGCAGCAGCAGCAGCAGCAACAGCAGCAAGAGGAGAGCGCUUUUUCGCCCGGAGGGACGAAUGCGUUGGACCUGCUGCUGCAGCAGCAGCAGCAACAGCAGCAGCAGCAGCAGCAGCAGGCAAAGGCACGUCUAUCUGCUGCAGCACGCCGACGGCUGAAGAAAAGCCCAACAGCAGCACCAGGAGCACCAGAAGGCAGCUCAGACACCUCCAGCCCGCAGCAGCAGCAGCAGCAGCAGCAGCAGCAGCAGAGGCCGAAGCAGCAGCAGCUGCCUCGAGGGAAGCGUUCAAAAGAAAAGAGAGCUCAGAAGAAAUACGCUGAUCAAGAUGAUGAAGAACGAGAAGAGAGGCUGAGACUCCUAGCCAGCAAAGGGAGAGACGCUAAGCGCAGUGAAGAAGAAGCAGCAGCAGCAGCAGCAGCUGCAGCAGCAGCAGCAGCAGAGAGAAGCAACGAGCUUUAUGGAAGAGGCAUAGUGAAGGAUGAGUACUGGCUGCAGCAGCAGCAGCAGCAGCAGCAGCAGCCGGACGAGGAGCAAGUAGCAGCAGAUCUUGCUGAGAAGCUCGGGCAGCUGCAUCUGCUGACAGCAAAUCCAUAUGAAGAGGAUUGCCUCGCUGCUGCUAUUCCUGUCGUUGCGCCCUACUCAGCACUUAAAGACUGUCCAUUCAAGCUGAAGCUGACCCCAGGGCAGCUGAAGGCAGGGCGUGCUGCUGCACUUUCUUUAUCUUUGCUGCGCAGCAGCGCAGCAACAGAAACACAAAAGAGGAUUCUAAAACAUCUACAGGUCUCUGAGUUAGUUUUGUGUUUUCUAUCGGACGUUCAAAUUGCUACUGUGGGGCCAGAGGGCAUGCAAACUGCAGCAGGAAAGAAACAGAAGCAGCAGCAGCAGAAGCAGAAGCAAAAGGCUAAGCAGCAGCAGCAGUAG